GUAGACCUCGUCGGCGUAGCAAUGAAAAUGGACCCCAUGGUGACGGAGGAGUGUACCCAGGGGGAGGAGGUAAAUGGUGAAAAGAAGGGGACCCAAGACUGACCCCUGGGGCACUCCCAGUGAAACACCCGAACACCCAGACUUGUGGUUCCUUAGUUGCACGAAUUGUUGGCGGUCAGUGAGGUAUGAUGUGAACCAGGAGAGUGCAGCACCAGUGAUUCCAAUGCCAGCCAGGCGGUCCAGGAAGAGAGGUGCGAGAUGGUAUCAAAUGCUGCGCUGAGGUCGAGGACGAUGAGAAUGGUAAGGAGUCCGGAGUCAGCUGCACGGAGGAGGUCGUUGGUGAUUUUGACCAGGGCUGUUUCAGUGCUAUGUUUUGGACGGAAGCCGGAUUGGAAGGGUUCAUGGAGGUUGUUUGUGUCAAGGUGGGACUGUAAUUGUGCGGCAACCACUCUUUCAAGUGUUUUGGAAAUGAAGGGAAGGUUGGAGAUGGGCCGGUAAUGGUUAAGGACAGCUGGGUCAGCGCCAGGUUUUUUCAGGAUGGGUGUGAUGGCAGCCAGUUUGAGAGUGGGGGGUACAGUACCAGUGGUGAGGGAGGAGUUAAUUAACAUAUACACAUUCAGUCCUCUUGCAGGACUAGCAAUUGCCCUGGUUGGCCAGAAGUUCAAUGAUAAGAAUGUACAGUACUCCACCCUAACAGUAGGUCCUAAAGGCGGUGGGGCUCACAAAAGUUUUCAGAAAAACAUAAAAUGUUGCACAUUCCUUUAUUCCAAAACUCAUGCUCUCAAAUCAGUUUACACAGACAUUAUGUUAUUGAGCAAGUAUGAUUGUUAAGAUAAAUACACAAAGCAGAAGUCUCUGUUUUGUGAGCAUGCACUUCCUACAGAAACAUGGUAAUGAAAUUGAGAAAAACUUUUGAAAGUGCAUAAAUGAAUGAUGAAAAGUGAUCAUCUCCACAGACAGGAUGCAAUAUAUAUAGGUAGCUGAGACAACCAGAUUUGACCUCACCCAAUUUCUUUUUUUCAUCUACUUUGUUUCUCUGUACACAUUGUAUUUCAUUUGUCUACUAAUCACCUAGUACUUACUCUGGCCAAGUAUGGGGACUGUGCGACCGGAGCCUAUUGGGGCUGUUUGAUAAAUCUUUUGGGUGUAUACUUGUAUGGAUUUGGUUAAUCUUUUAGAAAAGACUUAUUGUUGAAAGUAGGUCUGGCUGAGGAAAACACUACGGCUGUCUCAUUGCUCUGUUUGACCAAAGUCCUUUACUCAGCACUAUAUAAGGGAAGGACUUUUAACCACGGCAUUCAGAUGCAUCCAGAACCAACAAGAUGAGGAACAGCAGUGAGAUGCCACUACAGUUUCCUACCUUUAGGUCCACAGACAGGCUUCUGCAGCCUGUUUGGGACUACUUACUCCUCCAUCACUUUCCUGUCAUCUCCUCUCCUUUCUUUGUGGUCAUGAUUGCCUUCUCCAGCUACCUCUUCUUCAGUGUUCCAUUUGCUAUGCUGGACCUCCUUGGAGAAAAGGUACCCUUUUUUCACAGCUACAAGAUCCAGCAAGAGCGAACUCCAACAACGAGAAUGAUGGCUAAGAGCCUCCUGAGGUGUGUGUACAACCACCUGGUGUUUGUCCUCCCUGCGGUGCUGAUUAACCAAUGCAUUAUGCCUCCACCCCUGCUGCCAAUUGAUGCUCCAACUGUAUUGGAGCUCUUCGUUGAUGGACUUGGUGCACUUCUUUUGUUUGACACACAGUACUUCAUCUGGCAUGUCGUACAUCAUAAGAAUCCUCACCUGUAUCGCUGGGUUCAUGCCAUCCACCAUGAGUAUAUGGCCCCCUUCGCCUGGUCCACUCAGCAGCUUAGUGCUGCCGAACUGAUGGCUGUCGGAUUCUGGAGCAACCUAGACCCAAUCCUGCUUAAAUGCCACCCUCUUACCAGCUGGAUUGUCACUGUCUUCAGCAUCUGGUUGUCAGUGGAAGACCACAUAGGUUAUGACUUACCAUGGAGCCUUCACCACCUGGUGCCAUUUGGUUUGUUCGGAGGUGCACCUGCUCAUGACAUGCAUCACCAAAAGCCAAACAGUAACUUUGCACCUUUCUUCAGCCAUUGGGACAAAUUGUUUGGGACAGCCAUACUCCCAGGAAGGGAAACUCAGAAAAAACUCAAGUAAAUAUUGUUCCAAAUGUAAUGUAUUAAUGUAACGACUGUAAAUAAUGCAUUAUUUCAAAAUGUUCUAAGUAUUACUUGUUACCAACUAAAUAAAAAUAUAUUUUCUUACAAAUUCUUUUAUACAUUUUUUUUAAGUCAAUAUAGAUGCUGUACAUCAUC